AUGCCUGACUGGAGCUGUGAGGCUUACAGUAGCCCCAUACAGGUUCCACAGAGGCGGGCCUUCCACCUGCCGGCGCGGGGCUCCGGGGGCGCAGCUCGGCGACCCCGUGUGGAGGCGCCGGACGCCCCUUCUCCACACCACUGGGGUCGGCCUGGAGGGGCCGGGAGGAGGCCAGGGGGUGGCCGUGUCGGGGCUGCCCCCGGCGUCCCCAGCGUCGCAGGUGGGGAGGAGGUGGCGCUGAUUCAGGACGAUGGACUGGGAUGUCUGUACUCGGGGCCCGCGUGUGGAAGUCGGGAGACCCAGGAGUGCUGGCCCUGGAGCCCCCUGGACCUGGGGGAGGCCAUCAACUGGCAGGCCUGGACUGGAACUGCGUAUGUUGUGCCAGCCAGGCAGAGGAGGCCCGAGGCUGAGGACCCCCCGAUCCCCCCACUCUGCCCCUCUCACAAGGCAGUCUGCCCCUGCCCCCGGAGCUUUUUGAGCGGCCUGGGCAUCCUUCCACGUGCUGUGGGCCUGCCGCUCGUGGGCAGAAUUCCUCUGUACAAGUUCACAUCCAUCCGACGGACCAUGUCCGAGGCAGGCGGACCCGUGGAGGAGCUGAUUGCUCCGGGCCCCAUCUCAAAGUACUCCCAGGGGAUGCCCGCCGUGGGCCAGGGGCCUAUUCCCGAGAUGCUGAAGAACUACAUGGACGCCCAGUACUACGGGGAGAUCGGCAUCGGGACCCCGCCCCAGUGUUUCACAGUUGUCUUCGACACUGGCUCAUCCAACCUGUGGGUCCCAUCGGUCAACUGCAAACUGCUGGACAUCGCCUGCUGGAUCCACCACAAGUACAACAGCAAGAAAUCCAGCACCUACGUGAAGAACGGCACCACUUUUGACAUCCACUACGGCUCGGGCAGCCUCUCCGGGUACCUGAGCCAGGACACCGUGUCGGUGCCCUGCAGUCCAGCUGUGCGUGGCGUCAAAGUGCAGUGGCAGAUCUUUGGGGAGGCCACCAAGCAGCCGGGCAUCACCUUCAUCGCGGCCAAGUUUGACGGCAUUCUGGGCAUGGCGUACCCCCGCAUCUCGGUCAACGAUGUGCUGCCUGUCUUCGACAACGUGAUGCGACAGAAGCUAGUGGACAACAACAUCUUCUCCUUCUACCUGAACAGGGACCCAAAUGUGCAGCCUGGAGGUGAACUGAUGCUAGGCGGUUUCGAUUCCAAGUACUACAAGGGCUCCCUGUCCUAUGUCAACGUCACCCGCCAGGCCUACUGGCAGGUCCGCCUUGACCAGAUGGACGUGGGCAGCGGGUUGACCCUGUGCCAGGGGGGCUGCGAGGCCAUCGUGGACACGGGCACCUCCCUCCUGGUGGGCCCUGUGGACGAGGUGCGCGAGCUGCAGAAGGCCAUUGGCGCCAUACCGCUGAUCCAGGGUGAGUACAUGAUCCCCUGUGAGAAGGUGUCCAGCCUGCCCCCCGUCACCCUGAAGCUGGGUGGCAAAGCCUACAGUCUGUCUGCAGAGGACUACACGCUCAAGGUGUCACAGGGCGGGAAGACCAUCUGCCUGAGUGGCUUCAUGGGCAUGGACAUCCCCCCGCCUGCUGGGCCACUCUGGAUCCUGGGUGAUGUCUUCAUUGGCCGUUACUACACGGUGUUUGACCGCGACAACAACAGGGUGGGCUUCGCUGAGGCCGCCAGGCUUUAGCAUGCUCCCCUACCCACCCGCUGGCAGAGAAUUGGAGCAAAGUCCAGCAGGAGGAGGCCGGCCAGUCCCCAGCCCGGUCCCCCCAACCCCACUCACUCACACUUGCACAGCUGCCCACUGCCCAGGCUCUUGGAGGCCGCGGCCCGGCCCACUGUUCUGUUCUGUGGUUUCCCCUCCCUGUCUGUGUUCUGGAAGGGCAGAGGCUGAUCAGGUACGUGGAUCUGUUUCCUUCAUUUGGAAGGCCCAGCUAGGGCUUGCUAGCUGAUGAGUUGAGCACCCCAGGAGCCCCCUCCCCUGGUGUCCACUGGGCUGCACCAGGCAGCUGCCACCUCUUGGAGCUUCCUCCAGAAACCUGCCCUGCCCGAGGGCCCUUCUGCCCAGCCUAGGCUGGAGCCAGGCUCUGCUACCUCCACCGUCCAUUUGUCCCACCCGUUGAGAAAGGGGUUGCCAAGGCCUGAGGAUAAGCAGGAAGGAUCUGGAAGGAGUGAGAGGGGACAGAAGCCAGCAGGGUCAUUGCAGUGCCUGACCCCAUGGGGGUGGGGGAGGGUGACAUUUGUUGACUUGGGGGUUGGGGCAGAAGAGUGGGGGAUGGGCGCCGGCUUUCCCCUGUGCUGAUCUCUGCUGGCCUCUUGGGCAGCCGAGGGCUGAAGUCAACAUGGAAAUACAGCUGCUUAGGCCUCUUU